UUUUUUUUUUUCCUAUAAUUUCUGACGAAAAAAAUCCAUAUAAAAACGCAUUUUGUAAUUUAGUUGUUUGGUGCUAACUCUCCGCCGAUGGACAUGCACCAGGACAAUAUACCAUGUUGUUAACAUCAAUAAAUGUCUGAAUUGCUUCUUCAACGCUACCCAGUUGAAUUCUUAUUAUUUAUUAUUUCUUUUCAACCCCUUCAUAUCCACUUCGCUCCCACUUCAUCAAUAUCAAUCGUCAACUUCAACACUUCUCAAUUUCCACUUGUACACCGCUUCUCACUUUAAUUCUUUGUCUUCUGGGAUCUACACGUUCUUUUCUUCUAUUUUACUGGAAAUGGAACAACAGAAAGCGCCUAUCUUGGAAGCAAGAUCAGUAGAGGAAAUUGAGAUACCAAUUGUCUCAGACAGACUUCAUCUUCUUCCAAUGACAACAGUGUCGUCGUCGUCUUGCAAUUCUGUUUGUCGUUUGUCGAGUAAGGAAAAAAGUGUUGGGGGAUCAAAUGAAUCAGCAAAGAAACUUUCAGCACUCAUAGUUUUCUAUGCUAUUGUUAUGGUUGUUGAAGCCAUAGGGGGUUUGAAAGCUCACAGUUUAUCUGUUAUCAGCGAUGCGGCACACUUGCUUUCUGAUAUUGCUGGAUUCUCUAUCUCUCUCUUUGCAGUGUGGGCUUCAGGUUGGGAAGCAACACCUCAUCAAUCUUUCGGAUACAAUCGUCUUGAGGUUUUGGGUGCUCUUUUAUCUGUGCAGUUAAUUUGGUUCAUAUCUGGUUUUUUAAUAUAUGAAGCAGUUGGUAGACUUCUUUAUCGAAAUGCUAUAGUGAAUGGAAAGCUCAUGUUUGCAAUUGCAGCAUUUGGCUUUGUUCUUAACUGUAUCAUGGUUUUAUGGCUUGGUCAUGAUCAUAGUCAUCAUCAUCAUGGCUUUGGAAACUCAGAUCAUGAUCAUGGUCAUGGUCAUAGUCAUCAUCAAUGUGGUGGAGAUUCAGAUCAUGGUCAUGGUCAUAGUCAUCAUCAAUGCAGUGGAGACUCGGAGCACGAUCAUCAUGGGAUGGAGGAACUACCUAAAGUAACUGACGAGGAGAACCUUACAAUGCUUUCAAAUAGUAAGAGGAGUAUGAAUGUUUUGAAUAUAAACCUUCAAGGGGCCUAUUUGCAUGUCAUGACUGAUAUGAUUCAAUCUAUUGGAGUGAUGAUUGCUGGAGGAGUAAUAUGGGCAAAACCAGAAUGGUUUAUGGUUGAUCUUUUAUGUACUCUUAUAUUCUCUGUUUUAUCCUUAAGUACUACUCUGCCUAUGCUUAAGAAUAUUUUUGGCAUUCUGAUGGAGAGGACACCAAGUGAGAUUAAUAUCAUUCAGCUGGAAAGUGGCAUUAGAAGUAUCAAGGGAGUGCAGGAAGUUCAUGACUUGCACGUUUGGGCCAUAACAGUUGGAAAAUAUUUUCUAUCUUGCCAUGUAGUGGCUGAGCCUGGCAUCAGUUCCAUUGAUCUACUUGCCACUAUUAAGCAUUAUUGUGAAAACACUUAUCAAAUACAACAUGUAACCAUACAAGUUGAGUAAGGUUAUAUUCUUUUCCGCUCCAUUAUUUUCUUUUUAUUGAUUAUUUAUGUGAUGCAUUUUUCGUAUAGAUUCCCAAGACAAGUUUUAUUCUAA